GUUGUGAAAUGGCUACGCGUUAAUUUGAUCGCUGGUUGUACGACUCAAGGAAUGAAUGAGGCGGCGACAAAUGGACAUUGUCACGUAGUCAAGUGGCUGUACGCCGAAGGUUGCACUAAAGCGGCCAUGGACCUCGGCCCGUUUCAUGUCGUGCAAUGGCUCCACACUCAUCGCUCAAAAGGCUGCACAAACUUUGUCGUAAACAACGUGGUAAAUCGCGGGGAUUGA